UUUCAAGUCUGUCGUUUGCAGUCUGUGCGGUUUAGUGCAGGAUACUGAGAAUGGAGGGGGGGCCCAUCUCAGCGCUGUGUACUCCUGCUCUGGUGGUGGAUGUGGACAAAGUGAAGAGAAAUGCACAGAGGAUGAUUGAACGCUUUCAGAAACUGGGAGUCCAGCUUCGGCCACACAUGAAGACACACAAAACCCUAGAGUGUGCCGACAUAAUGACGGGUGGAUCACGGAGGAGUAUUGUGGUUUCCACUUUGGCAGAGGCCAGUUUCUAUGCUGACCAUGGAUUUGAUGACAUCCUGUAUGCUUACUGUCUUCCCUUUGAUAAGGUGGAGCGUUGUGCGUCUCUGUCAGAGAGGCUGGAUCUCUUCCAGGUUUUACUGGAUCAUCCUGAUGCUCUGGAGCAGCUCCGAAAGCGGCCGCUGAGAGAUGGGCGUCUUUGGCACGUCUGGCUCAAACUUGAUUGCGGCAACGGAAGAGCUGGAGUCCUGCACUCAAACCCAGAGGCGCUCAGACUGGCUCAGGCCAUCCACGCAGCGGAGGGGGUGGAGCUCACAGGUGUCUACGCCCACUGUGGCAACACCUACAACUGCAAAGGGGUGGAGCAGAUACAGGCCGUUGCCCAGGAGACCACCAACCUAACACUGCAAUUUAUGGAAAAGCUGAAGGGUGUUGGUAUCUCCUGUAAGUCCAGCAUCGGCUCCACUCCCUCCUGCAGUCAUCCAGUCCAAGACAUGGCUCAACUCAGCGAAGUUCACCCUGGAAAUUACGUCUUCUAUGAUGUUCAGCAGUCCUUGAUCGGCUCCUGCAGCCUGGAGGACGUGGCGGUGAGGGUUUUGACCAGAGUAAUCGGACACUGUCCUCACAGGAACCAGCUCCUGGUUGACUGUGGAUGGACUGGACUCAGUCUCGAUGGAGCUGGAAAACUUCCCACUGGAUACGCUGUGAUUGAAGGACACCCAGACCUCAAGUUACUGUCCAUGACUCAGGAACAUGGACGAGUUGAACCCAUCUCAGGAAAACUUGACUACAGCAAAUACCCACUGGGAUCCCUGCUCACUCUGAUCCCUUACCAUGCGUGUGCAACAGCGAUGAUGCAUCCUGUGUACCAUGUGCACUCUGAGGGUCGUCUGGUGGGGACGUGGACGCCCACACGAGGGUGGUGAUGAGAUGUUCAGCUGUUCAUGAGUUUGUUUAGAUGGCUAUGUGAAAACAAAACAACGGACUCAAUAAAUUUUUGGAUUUUGACGAUAAUGAUGCUAUAAUCGUUCUGUUAUUUCAGUGCACCAUCUUUAUUUAAAACUGGGAACAACACAGUGUCUUUUCUGAAAGCAGGACUGUUCUCCACAGCAGCAGACCUCAUUACAGCUUCUAAUUU